GCGCUCUCUCUGUUUACCGCGCGGUACUGUGGCCGGCGAGCGCCUCGCACUCACGUGUGUAUCGCGAAAUCGAGUUUUCCGGCGGCUGCCGACCUGCAUUAGCAGCCUAUGGUGUUUUCCAAAAGUUUAUUGGUGCUAAUUCGUGCCGGGCGUUAAGAUAACAUUGCAGGGUCCGUCGGAUAGAUCGAGCGUGCCUAUUUCGGUCCUGCUCAUAAAAAUUAUAGGUGUUUUCGGCGGAUGCGAUGAAUAAAUUUUGCAAAUCGAGUCUGUGUGUCGAAAAGGUUCGUGAGAGCUAUGUUUUGAUCGGUCGGCGUGUUGUGGCUGUGCCGGGCGGUGCGGAUGCGUUUCGGCUCGCGUUCCUGCUGCCGGUAUCAGUGAAAUUGCGACAGUGUUGCCAAUUCUCGAAUCUGAGGGUACUAGAUCUCGGAGACGGAAUCGGAACUGUUAACAAGGACUUGAUCCAGAUGCUUCACGCUGUGCCUGGCACAUGUUAAGAUAGCGUAACAUUGUUACCAACGUUACCUCCCUGUGAAGACUUCUAAUCGGAAGACUUAAGUGCCAUCGGGAACCAGUUUACCACAAUAGUGAUAUUUAGCAUUAGGACAUAGUGAUAGUGCGUAAUCGUGAUAUAGACUUAGUGAUAAUUCGUUGACCGAUAGUUUUAGUGUGAAACGUAACCAAAAAGAAGCGAAACUGGCUCCUUACAAGGAUAUAAUGAAUUCGUCGAGCAUAAGCUCAGCUGUGCCGACGAUUAAAUGUGAGGACACUUCCCCGUCGCCGACGGCUGCGGUGGGUACGGACGGGGAGUCGGGGGCGUAUCUAAGUGUGAACGUAAACCUCAGCGCUGCCAUGAUGAACCUUCUCGCGGCAGAGGGCGCCGGCAACACCACGCUACGGACACCAGAGAUUGUUAACGAUGUCAUCACCAUGACAAAUCCUCUAGAUCAAUACAGCUACGAUAAAAAUUCAAGUUUCAAGAAUGCGAUCUGUCAAGACUCCAAUUCUUCAAUGUCUAACAGCUCCUCUGCUACUUCACCAGCAUCAGGCACUCCGCCCAGCAUACAAAAGACGUGUUCGGAAUUAAUAAAGGCUGGUUUAAAGUUAUCCAUAGAGUCAAAGAGGAAGAUGUCAGGCAGCGACACAGAUGGAGGAUUCAAGCGGCUUAAGAAAGAGGAAAGCGAUGAUGACUAUGAUAGCAGUCAUACGCAAGCACCUAAAAACGAGUUAACGCCUGAAGACGAAGAGCGUAGACGACGCAGAAGAGAAAGAAAUAAAAUAGCAGCUACGAAGUGCAGGAUGAAGAAACGCGAAAGGACUGUCAAUUUGGUGAAUGAAAGUGAAGUUCUUGAAACACAAAAUAUAGACCUGAAGGCGCAACUUAAGGAUCUCGAAGUCCAGAAACGGCAGCUGAUUGACAUGUUAUCGCUGCACGCGGCUUCUUGCGUCAAGAACAACGCCAACGCGAGGACGUCGCCUUCAACGCCCUACAACAUGAUUCGAACUUUCGAUUCGCCGACAACAUUCCCCGUCUCCUUCGACACCCACUCACCGUACAUACGACCAGAGUCAGCGAACAUACUCGCUUCGAGCUACACGUGUGCCACUCCCAUCAACGGAGACUCCAUAGACACCAUAUCGUCACUCGAAACGUCGUACUUGACACCGCAAGCUAUAGACGUCGAGUACAACAGUCCGGACAGCGUCCUCAGUCUUCCUCCAAACUCCGACGCAAGUUAUAUCACUACUGACGGUUACUUGCCGAAAACGACCACGAUCUUAGGUCCGAUGGAGCCCGAGGCGGAAUAUUACGAAUCUGAGUUAACCUAUGUGACUCCGCAACAAUGUCACAGUUACCCGAGCAACAUUCAAGACAGCCAAUCAAAACUCAGUAACAGUCUAAACGACGGCUGUCUCGUUUAGUGGCGAGCGAUAUUACAAUGUGGGGUCCAAAAUUACUUUCACACGUAUACGUAUAGUUAAGACCUUGGAAUAAAAGAAUGUUUCAUCCCUUAUUAAAUCGCAUUCGUUUGAAUUUUGAUUCGUUAUUAAAUCUAGUUAUAUUUUUGAUGUAUUAAAAGCACAUCUUUCUUGAUUUGUCACGCCAGUCGUCGGAAAGGUAUUAUUUCGAAACGAAAUCGUAUGUCUACUGUGUAGAACAACAACGUAGAUUAGUAGGGAGCUUGUAACUUAACAGUUACGUGCUGUAUUAACAACCGGAUAUAUCUGAUAUUUGCCGCAAUGCGGUGUUUGCGAUGUCACAUCAUACGUUUAAUUUAUUGUUUUAAUUUUUCAAGUGUUGUGAAAUAAUAAAAAAUCACCAUUACCGUAACAUUCAAUAGGACUGUUUAACAGUCGGUAGGUAGGUAUAUUUUAUUUUUACUAUAGAUUAACUAAUAUUAUCGCAUUCGUUAUUUUGUAAGUUCUAUAAUUUUGCUUUGAUCUGUACAAAAUAUUUAUCUAAUUCUUAGAUCUGAUUAAUUUAAUGGCGGUGCAAUUGUUGGAAAGAUUUGUUGUAAAUAUAAUAUCCCUACAAUAGCUACCUAUGUCUAGUCGCCAAUAAUGACGCCAAAUUAAAAAUACAUGCAUCACAUAAUAAUAUAUGUAUCUGUGUAUCUUUCAGUACAAUUUAACUAAAGAUACCUCCUGUUGAAGUUCCGUAUAUUUUAUUUUACAUAGAAAUAUAUUCACAGAUUAUAUCGGGAUACUGAUAUUCCAUUAUACGUUGUUCGCGUAAGAUUAGGUGUAAGACGCUUUAACUCAGAAUAAGUGGUGAUAAUAUUAACUUGUUAUCGAUAAAUUACUUAAGUUUAGAUUUAUUGCGUAUUCAGCUUACAUUACUAAUAAUUAUUAUAUAAUAAUAUAUUGCAUAAACACGCAGUGUUGAAUGAAGGACAUCAAUAAAAGUGCCUGUUUCAAUUAUAUUCAUAAAAUCGAUUUUGAUUAGGAUGCUGACGUAAAGAAAGGUAGCAAUUUCAUGUGCAAUAUUAAAAGGCAACUUAUAAGAACCGUUUUAAUAUUAGAAUGAUUAAUUCGAAAGUCCGAUAUUCUUGAUUUAUGUAUCUAAAGCAGUACAAAUAUAGCGCACAGAAUAAGUCAGCAAAGAUUUUAAAGAAGCCAGACUUACGGAAAAGCAGUGCCUUUUACAACCAGUGAAACUAGUCUCUCGGCUGCCAACGUAUAACGGCAUUAAAGCAGCCAGUCGCGCAAGCAUUUAUUUUUUUAUUGUUAUUGUGAUAAAUAAAAAUAUCAUUCGUUCAAAAAUUAUAAUAAAGAUUUAAUUUGUUUUAUAGUAGUUGCAAAUCGUGAGUGGAAAUAAGUGAUUAUUUUCGGUGUAAGAACCGCGACCAAACGUCUAAAGUAAAUAUGACAAACCUGUGUAAUAUAGCAACAGCUAAAUAUAUCGUAGUUGUCACGCUUGGAGCGCAGGUGUAGAUCGUAGCUUUACAAACUAUGUAGCGUGUGUGUUCGAUUCUAAGAUAUUAUAAAAGAAUCGCCGAUCAUUUUCCGUUUUGAAUAGAAAAGUUUAACAGUUGGUGGUUUUUUUUUAAUUAAAAACAUUUUAUGAUAGUUUGUCAACUUGAUUAUAUUUCUGUUAUAGUAUGUAAAUGACUACUUUCUAAUAAAUGGUUGUUGUAUAUCGAUGGAAUAUUUAAACCGCGGCUAAUUAUGAACUUAUAUAUCCUCGUAGUAAUCUUAUGCCUAAGAUUAACUUUGUAGGGUUUAUUGAAUUCGUAGUGUUUUUUUUAAUUCUACUCCAAUUUUCGAAUAAAAUAGUUAACAAAGAGCACUUGGCAUCGCUUGUUGUACAUUCUAUCUCUGUCGAAGUCGAAAUUUAGAUGAUUUCUUACUUCUGCGCAUACAUUUUGGGAGAUAUAUUGAUCAACACUAUGAUUUUUCUUCGUUAUAAAUUCCAACAUGAAGUUUAUUUCCAUCCUCAAGUGCCUAUAUCCGCGUUGAAUACAAAAUAAAUGAGAAUUAAAGUUGAAAAAAGAAAUUGUAUACAUUUAAGAUAUAUCUACUUUACAUAUAAUGAUAUUAAGUAUUUUGAUAUUUUGGUAUUUAAUAAAAAUAAGAAUAUGUAUUUCAUGGUGGUUAGAAUACCUUUAUAAUAAUAAAUAUUCAAGUUUUAACUGUUCAUUUACUUUUAUAUAUUUACAAUUAAAAAUUUUAUGUAUAAUAAAAAUAUAUUUUUAAAUGGUUAUUAGACUUAAACAGAUACUUUGUAAUAUUGAUAAAAAAUCACAUUUUAAUGAUAUUUUCUUGAUCACUUUCAAUGUAUUUUUAAACUACUUAAAUUCAACUUCUGUAAUUACAAUAUGUAUUUUAAGAUAAGUACGCCUCACAUCUAUGUAAUGCCUUUUAAUAACUCUAUGAAUGAUUGCAGGAUGUAUUACAGUUAAUGGAAGUUGUUAUUGUGAAAUUUUAUCAGAUACUUAUUUAAGUGUUAAACAUCACUUGUACCUGCUUCUUGAAUAUAAAUAUUUUGACAAUCGAAGCAAAAUUACUGUGCUUAUCUACUGAAAAUAAAUCAUAUAUUGAACUA